AUGAAUGACAAGAAGUUCUCCUUCAUGAUGGGCAUCUUCUGUAUCCUCAACACCAUCCAGUUCCUCAUCUUUGAAGUGAACGAGGUUGCAUACAUCGGCUACGAGGACAACUUCAGCAUCUACAAGGAGACAAAGUCUGAGCUAGUCUCUUGGGUCACGACCUACAAGAAGCACAUCAACAUCUGCCUAUCCACCAUCACCCUCAUGGUCAGCUCCUUGUUCCUCUAUUGCAUCCACAUCAGCAACUACGUGGGGCUGCUGUGUUACACCAUGUGGAUCAUCACCUAUGAGCUCCUCAGCUUCUCCGUGGUCCUGCUCACCAACGGGAUCAUCAAAGAGCAGUUCAAGGAGCUGAGGUACUUGCACUUGAUUUUCCAGGUCUCCCGAAUGAUCCUGCACUUCUUCUGUCUGUCCUUCGUCACCAAGUAUGCGUACUCCCUUUACAAGGACCUCAAGGCUUUAAGCAAGACAGGCCGCCGCAAACGCUCCUCUGUCGGUACAGUUGACUCGUGGUCACCUGUCGGGCUGGGAACCUUGUCCCACAAGUUAAACUAAACUGUGCCAGGAAGAAGGGAGAGAGAGGGACAGCACUCCCCAGUGGUGGCUCGCCCUUCCCUGCCUGCCUUCUGCUGAUUCUCCUUGCCUUUUCCGGCUUCUCGAGUUUUAUGCGCUUAAGAAUGACCCUUGGGGGAGGGAGGGUUGCGUGGAUCAGUUAUUAUACAUGUGUAUUUGUGACUUGUUUUGGCAUUUAAUUAUAGACCGCCCUUGUGCUUACUCAACCAUCUCAUUGCUGUAUCCUGUUGUCUCUCAUUGUACCCUCCUCUCUGCACUUUUCUCUUGUGGAUUGCCCACUGAUGCCUGGUUCUGCUGAAUCCUUUAUGAGCAGCGCUAUUUGAUAGAAAUUUCUGCGCUGAUGGAACAGUUCUACAUCUGUGCUGUCCACUAGCCACAUGUGGCUACUGAGCACUUGGGACAUGGUUAUUACAAUCUAGGAAUCAAAUUUAAAAUUUUAUUUGGUUUUAAUUACUUUCAGUUUCAAUAGCCACACGUGGCUGGCUUGUGGCUACCAUGUCGCAGAGCACAGUAAUCUGGAGCCUCAUUUUACUCCUGCAUAUAACUGUAGACCCCCUUUCCAACUUCAUGCAUCACUCUGCUUUCCUCAUAAUGUUCAGAAAGCAGUUCCUCAUGUUGGUUCAUAACACGGCAAGAAGAAUCCCCAUUUAAGAAAGUUCC